AUGCCCUCCCAAUCCAACACACGGGGAUCCAAGCCCAAAAACUGGCCCCCAGAAAUCCCCUUCCUCACAGCACCAAUCUACUCCAAAACCUUCCAACAACACCACAUCACCAGCCUCAAAACAAAAAACACCACAGACCCGACAAUCCCAACAAUCAGCACUGCCAAAGGACCCUGCUCCCUCGUCAAGAUAACCCCCAUAUCCACACCUUCCCACCCGGCACACGGACAAAGCGGCCUCUUCGCAACCGCAGAUCUCAAACCGGGGACGUUCAUACUGCAAUACAUGGGCGAGAUCCACGUCACCUUAACACCCAUCUCAAAUUCUCUACCAGAAUCCAGUUCCAAUUCCAACUCCGGUCUGGAUCAAACUCACGAUCCAGCCUGCAAAAGCAUAAACAUAGAGACAAUAGACCCCCAUGCCAACUCCAACUACGACCUUUCCCUCGACCGCGAAUGGGGGAUCGGUAUCGAUGCCAAGAAGUGCGGUACCGAAGCACGGUUUAUUAAUGAUUAUCGCGGGGUGGCGGCUGCUCCCAAUGCGGAGUUUCGGGAGAUCUGGGAUGGGAAUCGGAAGGAGAGGGGGAUGGGG